CGUAAGUUCACCCGGACUCGCGAACUAUUGAGAAAAUUGCAUUUUUUACGUGAGAAAUUGUAUGCAUACUUACUAGUCCGUUAUCACUCAGGGAACAAAAUGGCCGAUGCGCUCACCCACUUAUCAUCUGUGAGUGUGAACAAAAAAAAAACACUUCUUGCAAAAUUUUCCAAACUACGAAACAAGUACCUACGUAUCUUUUAUGAUAAUACGUAUUUUUAAUUGAAAUUCACCUGUAUUGUUUAUCACUUUUUGUUGUUUUCUACUUAUCAUCGAACAACGUGAAUUUUCGACGUAAAAUUUUUUCUGCCAAAUAAUGUUUGUGUAUAGUUUUUCAUUAUCAUAUUGAGGGUGAUACUAUGGAUAAAUUUGACAUUUCGCUCGAUACUUCGGAAAUUUUACAAAUACAGUUAGCCAUCACCGAUGAUGUUGUACCGCCAGUAAACGAUCGAAACAACAGACUUUCUCAAAACAAACGUUCCUCCUCAUCGCAGAAUCUAACCAUCAAGUAUUUCCCGGACGAUUAUGCUGAUAACACCAACGGAGACUCCAGUAAACCAGCCAAAGUACCAUAUAAUUGGCAAAGUUCAAAAACCUGCAUCAAAGAACGUAUAGAAUUCAUGUUCAAUAACGAAACUCUAGCCGAUGUACAUUUCGUUGUCGGUAAAGAUGCAAAGAAGCAGAAAAUCCCAGCUCAUAAAUUUGUACUAUCUGUCGGUAGUAAAGUUUUCGAUGCCAUGUUCAACGGGAAUUUGGCUAUGAAAUCGGAUGAGAUUGAAAUACCAGAUGUUGAACCGGCAGCAUUUUUUGCUCUAUUGAGAUUUUUAUAUUCGGACUGCGUUCGUAUUGGACCAGAGACUGUGAUGACUACUUUAUAUACUGCGAAAAAGUACGCGGUACCUGCAUUGGAGAAACAUUGCGUUGAAUUCUUACAGCAUAAUCUAUCACCGGAUAACGCUUUUAUGUUAUUAACGCAGGCUCGACUUUUCGACGAACCUCAGUUAGCAUCGUUAUGUUUAAAAACUAUCGAUCGGCAUACAGGGGAUGCUAUAACAGCAGAAGAUUUUAUAGACGUGGACCUAGAUACAUUAUGCUGUGUCUUAGAACGUGAUACAUUACGUAUUAAAGAAGUGAAAUUAUUUCACGCUGUACUGAGAUGGGCCGAGGCUGAAUGCAAACGUCAGAACUUACCAGUUACAGCGGAUAACCAAAGAACUGUGCUAGAUCGAGCAUUGAAAUUAAUACGUUUCCCAUUAAUGGCAAUCGAAGAUUUUGCCAGCACUGCUGCUCAAUCCGGAAUACUAACUGACAAAGAAAUCGUAUCAAUAUUUUUGUAUUUCACUGUUAAUCCUAAACCAUCGAUUACUUUCCUCGAUACUCCUCGUAGCACUAUGACUGGAAACGAGUUAUUUGUCAAUAGAUUCCAACAAACUGAGAUGCGUUGGGGAUAUAGUGGCACUUGCGAUAGAAUAAGAUUCACUGUGGAUCAACCGAUAUAUGUUAUCGGAUAUGGACUAUACGGUUCAGUGUAUCAGCCAGCUGAUUAUAAAGUAUCCAUACAACUUAUUCAAGCAUCUUCCGGUAAAGUUCUCGGUCGGAAUGAUACAUCUUAUAGUGGUGACGGAACUCCCAAUAUAUUCAAAGUAUUGUUCUCUGAGCCUAUACAAAUAGCUAGGAAUACUAGUUACAUCGCUUCGGCUGCUAUUCAGGGGCCGGAUUCUUACUAUGGGGCUAAAGGGCUUCGUAAAGCUCUUGCAGACAGUCCUAAUGGUAAAAUAACUUUUCAAUUCAUUUAUUCAAAUGGCAAUAAUAAUGGUUCCUCUGUUGAAGACGGUCAGAUUCCGCAAAUAUUAUUUUAUACGUAAUCCUUAUACUUCUAAGAAGACUUAUUUUUUUUCUUUUAGUUUGUUAUAAUCAUUUUGCUGAAGUCGACAAGCCUUGAGAAUAUUUUUUUUAUGUAUUUUUUGUUACCUUGUGAAUUUUCCUAAUGAACAUCACCGUUGGUUGUUAUCGUUCUCGUAAAGAUAUUUUUCUAUAACCUGAAGUUACGAUCUAAAAUGUCUCUAAUUUACUUAAUUAAAUACAUAUUCUAGUGAAUAA